AUGGUGCAGAGAGUUGGGCUGAUGGGCCUGGGCACCAUCCACAUUAUGAAGAAACCCAUCUGGCAUGGAGAAGGGGAAGGUUUCAUGGCAGACACGCCGGAGUUUGAGCUAAGCAAGCCCCUUCCCCUGGUGGGGAAGAAUCUCCGUCAUGGGCAAAGCCCUGUGCCUGGGAUCUCCAGAGAUGAUGAGUUGAUCUGUGCUGAGGUGGCCCAGCACCUGCACAAGCCCAAGGCCACCAUCAUGAUGUGCAUCAAGGCCACUCUGCAGAUCUGUGAGUGGGCCCUGUCCAGUGGGAAGAACUUUGACUUUGUGUUCAAGGACAUCGGGGUCCUGCUCUGCCGUGGGAAACACGUGGUCAUGAGGUUCUUUGAAGGCCUGGUCCAGGAGGUGGCUCAGUUACAGGGCCUGGCUGAAGGGCUGCUCCAGUCGCUAGAUCUGAAGCUGUUGUCCAUAGCCCAGCUGGAAAAGGACAUGUCCCAGCUCCCUCCUGGAGGUGUCUUUGUGCUGCCACACUUUGUGCAGGCAGAUGGGAAGACCGAGCCACAUCCUCUCAGUGCUUUGCUACAAGAAGCUAUCAUAACGAGCAAAACCAUGACCAAGCAACAAACAAGACCAGGGAACCUUCCCAACCCCCUCCUUCUUCGUCCUCACCUUCCUCCAAAUCGGAUAAAUGAUGUGAAAGGGACAGGAAGAGAAAAGAAGAGGGCAGAUGGAGGAGUGCAGAGAGGGAGUUUGCUGCCUCCAAUUGAGAACUCUGUGAGGAAGGGCAGAGCCACCAGGGAGUUGGAAGAGCCCAAAGCUGGGCUGGCAGCUCCCCUCAUGCAGAGAAAAUUUACCCAGCUUCCAGCCCUGGCAGAGCAGAGGAGUCUGAAGAAGGGCGCUGCCCUCUCUCCUGGAGGAUUUGAGAGGCUGAGGAGGGAGAGAGUGGCUGCUGUGGCAGGAGUGGCUGCUGCUCUGUGCCCAGAAGGGACCAAGCAGGAGAAGGCACCGUCCCCUCUCAGGAGAGCACCACAGCUAAGGACCCCACGAGCCAAGCAGGUCCUGCUCAAUCUGCAGCCCUACAAAGUGUCCAGGGAGCAGUGCAUGAAGGCCUUUCAGAUGAACCAGCUGCGGAAAUGGUCCCAGGACGCAUCCCUGGCUCCUGCAUCUAACCUGAGCUUGGCGAAGAAGCUGAGUGUCGAUGAAGGGACAGCAGAAGACCUGUGACAUGGGGACAGCCACAUGGAAAAAGGAAAAAGGAAUAAAGACCUAGAAAGACCACUCUUGUCUUUCUUCUACCCC